GCAGCCGUUUCCAUGGGAACCGGAGGAGCCGCGCACAAGAUGGCGGCGGGCCUCUCCCGGGCUUAGCGAUGCCCCUCGGGGGGCUCCUGGGGGCGCUCCUGUGGGGGCUCCUGGGGGCUCGGGCCCAGGAUGGGCUGCCCGGUUUUCAGCCUUCCUUCGUUUAUAUGUCCGGAACGGUCGCUACUGCUUCUUUAGUUAGCGUUCCAACAGAUGUUUUCUCUAUUGCUGUGGCAGACAAUGAAACAGGCACGUUGCCCCUUGCAGAUUGCAGUGGAAGGAACAGAACGGGUGACUGGAGUUUGAAUGUCACGCAUCAAGGGAAUGUUUCCCAGGUGACCGUGCGCUUGAUGAGGAAUUUGUGGUUGUGUACCUCGAACCUGACCGACUGCUGCGCGGAGGCCCUUUGCUUGGUCGAAGCUUUGCAGGUCUCAGCUUGUCGAGACUCGGAGGUGGUGGCCCACCUGUUGAUCCAGGCUGAAAUAUAUGCCAAUACAUCUUCGGGAAAUGUGACGGGACGAGUAGAAGAUAAUGCAACUGUCAUUCCCAAUCAAGUAUUUCAGCCACUGGGGUCUUGUCCCUGCAAUCUCACUGCUGGAGCUUGUGAUUUCCGUUGCUGCUGCGAUUCGGACUGCACCUCAGAGGUGAAGUUACUCUUCAGUGGAUCGUGUUAUACAGGAAUCUAUGGUGGGGAUGUCAGUCCACCUUUUGACCAGCUGUGCUCUAUCCAGAAAGGAAACCGGGCCCCUGACUGGUUUCCCUUCUUAUGCGUACAGUCAUCCCUUAACAACACACCGUUCCUUGGCUAUUUCUAUCAUGGAGCAAUUUCCCCUUCGCCCCGAAUCUCUUCAUCGUUCACGAUUCCAUUUCAAAUGGUCCCAGGAAAACUUACUAGUGGUUACAAGCAAGGAGAUCCGAUUCUGACAGUGCAGAACGAGUAUUUUACGGUUCCUCAGCCAUUCAUAGCCGGGCAAUGUGCGAGAAAGGCCCCCGUUGCUUUCCUUCAGAAUUUUGAAGCUGAAUGUCUUCUUACUCCUUGCACUGAAGCUGGUACCACACUGACAAACGUAGCAGUAAACAGCGGGACUGGAGAUGAAGUCAGACUGCAGGUGAUUCAGGAGAAGAACGCCACUCGUACAGACAGCUGCGUGGGAAGAGGUGCGUAUCAGUUGACUACAACGUUGUUUUCCUUUUCAGAGGUACUAACACAGAAAUUCUCGGUCAACUUUGUGAGUGUAAAUGCUACCAGCACAGAAGAAAUGUCUGGAAAUCCAGGUUACCAAGUUGGAAGGCCAGUCAGAGCAGCAAAUUUCAACUCUUCAGACACUGUUACCACCUUAAAUCUUUGGAAGCCAGGUGGCCUCGGCUUGUGUACAUCAGCGAGUCUCACGCCAGUUUUGUUUGGACUAAAUUCAGCCUCUGGAUGCAUUAUGGAAGUUGACCUUGCAGAGAACUGCAGCCGGUUGAGGGAAAAGGUUAUGGAAAGAUUUAACUCUCUGGUGCAAGCCAGCUACGUUGGAAAGAGAGGGAAUUCCAAUACGAAUGUCUCAGAUGACUGGGUGGAAAUAAUCCGUUCGGAUACACUUAGUGAUGAUACAAACGCCAGUCUUGGGGAUUUCAAGGGGAUCUGUCCUGAUAUUCCUGCCCACCUGAAUGUUCAGAUGAUGACGGCUGAUGUGGGUGCCAUAGAAGGGGUGGCCCAGCAGGAGAUACUUGGCGUGCAGAUCAGUUUUUCAGCAAUAACUUGGCAAGUUCAGUGUCCGCUUGUCUGUGAGGAGAAGACCGGCUUUCUUUCUAUCUCUUCUGAUGUGCAGUUUAUUAAAAUACCAGCUCAACCUCCACUUCCAUUGACAAGAUUUCAGAUGAACUACACAGAAUAUGACUGCAGGAGAAAUGAUGUUUGUUGGCCAGAACUUUUUUAUCCGUUGACACACGACUAUACUGGAGAGCCAUAUUCCCACUCUCUUGCCAAAGGUCUGGUGCUGGUCUUCCUCAUCCUACUGGGAGUGGUGCUGAGCGAUCCUUGGAGGAUAAUCUAUGAAGCAUGGACUAAAUCAUGAAUGUCCAAGACAGCCAUUUUUAUAAUGCUUUUCUAUAUUUUAAUAGAUGGUACUUUUUU